UGUAUUUCUCUGUUUUGUCAUGCAAAUCAAUACAAUGGAAUACAGUUAUUUUGUGGCGCGCCUUUCCAGAGACCGCGUAUAAUAGAUAUUGUCAGCAAAUCUUUAUGUCAAUUUUUAUUGAAGCGUGUUUUACGCAAUAAAUCAUGUAAGCGUUUAGUGAACUUAUUGAAUUUCACUGUAACGGGAAGUGAUAAAGCUAUUUACAAACAAAAUGGCGACUUCUGAACAAAUAAUUUCAUCCGAAGGAGUUUAUGAUUUCAACUGCGCACCAUGUACGCAACGGGAACGAUUUUCAGAAGCGAAGAAAUUUUGUGUGGAAUGUGGGGAGUAUUUUUGUUCAACAUGCUUGUCUUGUCACGACCAUUUUGGAGCAACGAAAGGACAUACAUUAAUUGAUUGCCAAGAUGUUUCAACCGAAAAUGCAGUGACACGUUUAGCCAAAUGUAAAAUACACGUAAACAAGGAAGAGGACAUGGUUUGUGGUGAGCACGACGUCGUCUGCUGUCGAGUUUGCAUAGCAACAAAUCAUAGGUCAUGUCAAGAUAUUGACUAUUUACCUGAGGCUGCUCAAAGCUUUAGAGAAGGUGAAAAGCGUGCAGAAGUAGACAAAGAUGUAAAAAACAAAAUUGGAGAGCUACGAAGGUCAUACAAAGAGCAUGUAACCCGUUCGGUUCAACUUAAAAUGAGAAAAAAGACACUUUUGAAGCGGUUGCAAUUGUUUAAAGUAUCAACCACAGAAUUAAUAGAGAAUCUUAUUACCAAGGCUAAGACAGACAUUGAAAGCACUUAUGAACCAGCGGUGUCUGGUACGCAGAAACAUAUUCAAAGUACCGAUAAACAGCUAUCAGUGCUAAAUAUUCUGUGAGAAGAUUUAGCAAACGAAAACGAUCUCAUUAUGGUAUACAGGAAAGCAUUAGAAUGUAAGCGCACUCUGAAAGAGACACAAAUAACGUCUUGUGCACUUGACAAGGAAAGUAAGCCAACAGAUGAAGCUUUGAUUGGAAUUGCAAAGUCUAUAGAGAGGUCGGUGAAAGACGACCGUUUCCUUGGCGUUAUAAACAUUUCAAAACAAGGUGCCGAUACCAGCAUUCCAAACAUGUGUAUGUUGUCUGACGGUAGCUUUUGCUUAGCACAGUUUUCCGACAGUCAAAUCAUAAAGAUAGAUGACAAUUUGAAAUUGAGUGAUACCUUUACUACCAAAAGCAAUGUUUGGGGGAUUUGUGCUAUAAGUGAAAGAGAAAUCGCCUUUACAAUGCCGAAAUUAAUGAAAGUGCAGUUUUUAGUUUUUGAUACGAACCCUGUUUUAAAAAGCAGCUUCUGUACAAAUAUGCAUUGUCGUGGCAUAGCUUACUGCAACGAUAACAUGUAUGUAGCUGGUGGUGGCUUCUUGGGAGAAGAAUCUGGACAAAUAAAUAUUUUUGAUUUGAAAGGGAAACUACUCUACAGGUUCGAAAAUUACUCUGACGGACCAUUUGUAAACAUCCCAAGAAGUGUGAUUGCUAACACUAAAUACAUUUAUAUCACCGAUUGUCAAAAUGGUGUGAUCUGUCUGGACUUACAUGGUAAACGGCAUUGGGUGCUUAAAAAUGCAAAAUGCGAGUAUCCCUGGGGAAUAUGUUUCACACCAAAUGCGAAUAUUUUGAUAGCUGGACAUAAAUCCAAUAACAUUUCAGUUGUAAGUGAAGAUGGCGAGUUACUGGGUGAACUGUUAGACAAGAAUGACGGUAUUUCUGUCACCGAAGGCUGUCAGCAUUGACAUACCGAACAACCGUCUUCUAGUCACGACGUCAGGAGGAAGUAUUCUGAAAGUCUUCGAUUUUGAAGAUUCUGAAAUAUGAUAUUUCUAUCAAAAGUAAAAAAAAAGAAGAUUUUUGUCAUGCAAUAUGCAUAGUGAACAUAAAGUUUCAGACUUCUAACCAAUACUGAGAUUGGAUUCUGAACUUUCAAAACGUACUUGCCGCUAUAAGUGUCAAGAUCCGUAUCAGAUGUAGCUUUCAGUUUAGUUUUCAGUAUUAUAUAAUCUGAUUAAGGUUUAACCGUCUUAAAGAUAAAAUGUCUUCAUAAAUAAAACAUUAUAUAUCUUUAUUUAAAAUAAUGGCGUCUCAAGUGCUUUAAUACCUUGAUUAUUUGCGCGUUGUCGGAAUACCGUUUUCAUUAUCAAAACCUAAUUCUAUUCAUGUUUCAACAUUUCAGUUUGUUAUAUUUUCUGGUCCUUUGGGAUUAUAGUGUCCAUUCUACUGAUGUGUAAUAGAGUUCCGUUUAAGCCGGUGCUAAGGGGUGUGGGAGGUGUUGCAUAUUUCAUUACCUCUCAUGAACUGACUCAGUGAAACCGAGUCUGCUAUUAGGCAUUUUUAGUUUAAGGACGCAUUCACCUGUGUAGGGGGGCGUCUCAAGGUAUUCAAGGUAAAAUAAUUAGGCCAAAUGAAAUAAAACCCGUUUAA